CCGGGCGCGCCCCCAGCACCAGUGCUCGUGCGUGCCCCUCCUCCGCCCUCCCGGGGCUGUGCGGCGCGCGCCGGCUCUGGGCGGGGUCCUGCAGUGGCGGCGGGGCUCCUCCUCCUGCGGCUCCUCCUCCUCCUCCGUCCCAGCGCCUCCCCGACCUCCCCCUCGGGCACUCUCGCGCUAACUGCGCUCCUCCGGGGCCUCUCCGCCAGCUCCCAGCCAUGGUGGUCUGGCGCUCGGCGUUCCUCAUCUGCCUCGCUUUCUCCUUGGCCACUCUGUUCCAGAGAGGAUCUGGGGACUCUAAUUUACGUCUGGAGGAUGCAUUGAAAGAAACUUCCUCAGUAAAGUAUGAUGAUUUUAACUUGGCUGAUGCCCUGGAUGACCGAAAUGAUCGAGAUGAUGGCCGCAGGAAACCGAGCGCAGGAGGAGGAGGUGGUUUUUCAGACAAGGAUCUUGAAGACAUAUUAGGCGGUGGUGAAUACAAACCUGACAAAGGUGAUGGUCGGCAUGGCAGUGACGACUCUGAAUCCGGAGUGUCGGCCGAGGCCAGCACCAUCGCGGGUGUGGCCAGCGCCCUGGCCAUGGCCCUGAUCGGCGCGGUCUCCAGCUACAUCUCCUACCAGCAGAAGAAGUUCUGCUUUAGCAUCCAGCAUGCAGCAGAAGGUCAAGAGGGUCUGAAUGCAGACUACGUGAAGGGAGAGAACCUGGAAGCCGUUGUGUGUGAGGAACCCCAAGUGAAAUACCUGACGCUACAGACGCAGGCCGCGGAGCCGCCGCCCCCCGAAGCGCCCCGGAUCUGAGGGCCACUGCUCGUGACCGGCGCCUCGUUCCAUUUGGACCCGCUUCUCUGACGUCAUCGGCUUCUCACUCUAACUUCCGGAUGAGCUCGGGGUGUGUGUGAGUUUGGUUUCUGUGCCUGCCCUGCCAGAGGCUCUGAAGAGACUUGGUGUCGAAUCCGAGGCCCAGCUCUGGCAGAAAGCCAGCCACGGGAGAGCGGGGAGCCCGAGACGACGGGGGGGGGGGGGGGUGCACCCGAGGACUUUGAUGCUCCGGGGCUAAGAGUUUGAGCCCAGGGUAGUGCGAGGAGCGAACGGGAGAGCAUCAGGUAACCACACGCUCACACUCCCUCUCUCACACGCACGCACACCACCCAGCCUUGACACUGCUGGGCUUCCAGAGAGCUGGGCCAAGUGGUGGCUUUUCAUUUAUUUAAGUGCAAGCAUGCAUGCCUUGAUAGCCCUGCCCUGAGAAUUUAGGAACCUUCUGGACAAGUAGGAAGCUGUGACUCUGGGGCCCGAUUCUCCUCUGAUUCCACAGGGGACCAGGUGCGGUCUCCUGGCUGACAUGCUUAGCUUUUAGGAAUCAUUUAUGCAUUGAAAUGAGUGUUCCCCUUUUGCCCUGUACGUGUUCUUAUUUUGGUAGCAAAAACUACAGACAUCGAGAACAAGCGGCGGAGCCGGAAGCAUGUUUCUUUCUUUUUUUUUUUUUUUUUUUUGCUUAAAAUUGUAUUUGAGGUGGGAGCGGGAUGGGGAAAGGAACAGUUGCCGGGUUUGGUGACACAUGCCUGACUGCGUGGGUCUGGAAGGAUGAUUCUGCCUGUCCUGUUCUGAUGAAAAGCCCUUGGGGCGCCGCGGGCACCGCGGCAAACGCCAGAACCGAGGGGCCGGCCCCUCCCCUGGCCCGGAGCUGUCCGCUCUGGGCUGGCCUCCUGGAAUGUUCCGCUCGGCCCACGUGUGGUCCUGUCCCUGGGCGCUCCGCUGUCUGAGGCUGAGCCAAAGUCUAGAGCCACCGUCUUCUGAUGAUCAGUUUGCAGUGCCCAAAAGCACUUCCAGAAGCAGAAGUCAGCAGGAGGGUGGCGCCCUACGGACACGGCCCCACGCGUCGUUCGGGCCGGGCGUCCGCUGAGCUGGGACGAGGCAAGGCUGGCUUCCUAAGGAGACCGUGGGAAUCGGAGCAGACCCCGCCGUUGUAGGCCGUACGCCUCGCGUGCGGGGGGUCGCGGCUCUGAGGAACCUGGUCGUGCGCCAGAGGCGUCAGUCGGGGUGCGCUGUCUCCAGCUGCCCUUGAGAGCAGAGCCCGUGCCGCGCCGCCUGCGCCCCGACGGGCCCCUUCCGCAGCGGCCCACGCGGGCCGGGACUGUGUGUCCGCGAGGCGGGUGCGGGGCACUGACGACACCCCCUCUGCUUAAGAGCCCGGGGGCUGUCCGCUCGGCCAGCCUUGCCCCUGCCGCCGAGGAGGGCGAGGGCUGAUGGCCCCAGCCCUGGUUGGUGCCGGGCAGCUCUGGAGGAUUCUUCCUCGGUCGCAGGAGCUGGGGAAGGGUCAGGGCGGCGCCCGGCAGCUCACGGGGUGAGGAUGGCUGCCCACUGAGGUCCCCGGGGCAUCUCAAAGGAGGAAAAAAGAGGUGGCGCUUAGGUGUGGUAACUGACUUGUCUCCCUGCCACGGGCACGUUAGAGGAGUCCUAGCCACCGUGGCACCUAGGAUGAGGAGUCAUGUGGCCCGCGUGUCACUUGGCAUGGCCAGGCACGGCACGGCACGGCACUAGCUAGAGCUAUGGAGCCUGCCGACUAGGAGCCCUGAGGUGGGCUGUGCCCGGCCCCCGGCCCCCAGCUGUCCACCUGAGCUUGACAGGGAGGCUUCCGUGGGUGGUGGAGACCCUGAGCUCCUCCGGCUCUGAGGUACAAUCAGUGGCCGUGAUUGGAGAGACCCCUUUGGCUCUCCCUUAGAAGCCCACAACCCAGCACCCGGGCCGCCUAGUGACUGGACAGGCCGGGAAGGUCACUCCGCCACCUGUUGGCAGAGCUCCUGUCCCGGGGGGCGGGGCAGCGGGCAGGGACGCCUGCAGAAGCCCAGGCUCUUGUAACUGUGUCUGUCUGGAAGUAGCCUGGACCACCCUGGGCCUGUCCCAGAUGAUAGGGAAGACGGGGUGAACCAGAAGGGCCCGUUGGGAAUAUCCGAUCUGUAUCCGCUCACCGGGGGGGUGGAGGCUCAGUGUUGGUAACUCUGAACACAGGAGGAAGGAAGCGUGGCAGCUUCGCGGGGAGGGGCACCCUCCUGGCGUGGGACCCAGGGAACAGUGCCAGGCCCGCUGCCUCGGGCACCUGACUCAGGAGUGCUCGUACCCCUUGUCUGAGGAAGAAGUGGAAACUGAUCUCAGAAACCCCUGUACUUUUUAUGUGCUUGUGUUUAAAUAGGAAUUGUAAAUGGUCUUGUGUUUGCAUUAAACGAAAUGGAACCUAACAGA